AUGAGUGCAAGUCGGUUGUUUUACAUAUUGUAUUUAUCCAUGUUAUUUCAUGAGGGUUAUAGGUUACGAAUAAAAAUACGCGAUCGGCUCGUCUUGCAGCUCACAGCUCUGGCCAGCAACUCGUGGGUGGUGGUAGACUGCAUACAAACUGAGGAAUGUCCCUACAAGAAGAUCCUCCUGGAGUCGGGUCCCGGCUGUUAUAGAACUUACUACAAGCUCGCUGAAAUUGCCAGGGCGGGACUGUGGACCGUUUGUUACCAGUUUCCACAUUUAGAGGAAGGUCACACAGAUCCUUACUGCGCGGAUUUUUCCGAGGAUUUUUUCCAAGAAGAGAAGCUGCUUGUUACCCAAACGCUGUGCAUCUUGAGCGUGUUCUUGACAACCUUCGGAUUGCUGGCGCUUGGCUGUGACAGACUGCUGAUGCUCAAAAACAACGCCUUUUCUUCCAGCGCUUCCGUAUUUUUUGGUGUGGCUGGAUUGUGUGGACUGGCCGGCUGCAUCGGUGCUCAUCUGACCCUCACACAAGGCUACGUGGUUUUAUAUUAUUCAGAGAAGUCCGUCAUCUUUAAAUGGUGGGCUUUUCAUUUAUUCAUGGACGGUGCAAUUUUGAAUUUAACCGCCUGGCUUCUAAACGGCUGGACUAAAAAGAAAGCUUGCUCGCUGAAGCACUGGUGA